GCGGCUUCGCUGCGGCCGUGCCUUCGUGAGAGACCAAGGAAACCAAAACCAUCGCCCCCAGAAAAAAACAUCUCGAGAAAACAAACGAAAAAUCCCCAAUCCAUGAAGCCCACCACUGUGUCGCCUCCCGCGGCGGCGCCGGCCACCGACGAUCCCUCGCCAUCGCACUCCGACCCCGCCUCGGCCACUUUCUCGGUCGAGCGCCGCGGCGACGCCUCCGCCUCCUGCCGAUGGACCCUCCCGGACUUCCCCCGCACCCGCGCCCGCACCUUCUACAGCCGCUACUUCGAGGUCGGCGGCUUCGACUGCCGCCUUCUCCUCUACCCGCGCGGCGACACCCAGUCCCUCCCGGGAUACCUAUCCCUCUACCUCCAGGUCCUCGACCCCAAAACCCCAUCCUCCUCCUCCUCCUCCACCACCACCACCACAUCCUCCAAAUGGGAUUGCUUCCUCAGCUACCGCCUCUCCGUCGUCCACCCCUCCGAUAACUCCAAGUCCCUGGCGCGCGAUUCCUGGCACCGUUUCUCCUCUAAGAAACGUUCGCACGGCUGGUGCGACUUCGCUCCAUCCGCCGCCGCCUCCUUCCUCCUGCCGCCCCACGAUUCCCUUGUCAUUGCUGCCGACAUUUCGGUGCUAUCGGAGACCGCCUCCUUCUCCGAGGCCGACGGCCGUUUCACCUGGAAGGUGUUCAACUUCAGCCUGUUCCGGGAGAUGAUCCGCACACAAAAGAUCAUGAGCCCCGCAUUCUUCCCUGCUGCCGCCGCUGCUGGUGGGAGUGACUGUGGACUCCGGAUUAGUGUCUACCAGAGUAAUGUAUCUGGUGCAGAACAUUUAUCGGUGUGCCUCGAGGGCAAGGAGCCCGUGGUUCAGGCAACCUCGGCGUCAUCUGCGUCAGCAUUGGCGGCAACUAGUGCAGGGAGUGGCGUGCCUGAUGCUGACCGUGGUUGCUGGUGUCUUUUCCGUGUUUCAAUCCUUAAUCAGAAGCCUGGGGGGAGCCACAUUCAUAGGGACUCAUAUGGGCGGUUUGGAGCAGACAGUGCCAGCCUUGGAUGGGGGGAUUACCUGAAGAUGGAUGAGUUUUUGGCUGCCGAUGGGGGUUACCUGUUUGAUGGGGCUGUGGUGUUUAAUGCCUCGGUGCAUGUGAUCAAGGAGUCUAACUCAUUCACUCGUAGCUUACCACCGGUGGCGGGCAUUAGUGGUGCUGGGGGUGGACGAUCUGGGACUAGAAAGUCGGAUGGGCACUUUGGGAAGUUUGUGUGGAGGAUCGAAAACUUCACAAGAUUGAAGGAGCUGCUCAAGAAGAGGAAGAUCACUGGUUUGUGCAUCAAGAGCAGACGAUUUCAGGUCGGGAAUCGCGACUGCCGCCUUAUUGUUUAUCCACGGGGGCAGUCUCAACCACCAUGCCACCUCUCAGUGUUUCUGGAAGUGACAGAUCCCCGAAAUACUACGAGUGAAUGGACCUGCUUUGUGAGCCAUAGAUUGUCUGUUAUCAAUCAGAAAGGGGAGGAGAAGUCAAUCAUGAAAGAGUCUCAAAAUCGUUACUCUAAGUCAGCAAAGGAUUGGGGUUGGCGUGAAUUUCUGACAUUAACUAGCCUCUUCGACCAGGAUGCUGGUUUUCUUGUACAGGACACUGUUGUGUUCUCUGCAGAGGUUCUCAUUCUGAAGGAAACUGCAACUAUGCAAGAGCUUAGUGACGAAGAUUCUGAAAUAUGCAGUUCAAGUUCUGGAUAUCAGAUUGAUACUUUACCAAAACAUCCGUCAUUUACGUGGAAGGUAGAAAAUUUCUUGUCCUUUAAGGAGAUUAUGGAGACAAGAAAAAUUUUCAGUAAAUAUUUUCAGGCUGGUGGCUGUGAGCUGCGGAUAGGUGUAUAUGAGUCAUUUGAUACAAUGUGCAUAUAUCUGGAGAGUGAUCAGUCAUCUGGGGUUGAUCCUGAUAAGAACUUUUGGGUACAUUAUAAGAUGGCUAUACUCAACCAGAAGAACUCUUUGAAAACCGUGUGCAAAGAAUCUUCAAUUUGCACAAAAACAUGGAACAAUUCAGUUCUCCAGUUUAUGAAGGUUUCAGACAUUCUGGAUCCUGAAGCUGGCUUUCUUGUCCGGGACACUAUUGUCUUCGUUUGUGAAAUCAUAGACUGCUGUCCAUGGUUUGACUUCUCUGAUCUCGAGGUAUUUGCCUCAGAUGAUGACCAGGAUGAGUUGUCAACAGAUCCUGAUGAACUUAUCGAGUCUGAAGACAGUGAUGACAUGAGUGGUGAUGAGGAAGAUAUGUUCCGGAACCUCCUCUCAAGAGCUGGAUUUUCACUUACAUAUGGAGACAACUAUACUCAGCCGCAGGUUACCUUGAGAGAGAAAAUUUUGACGGAUGCUAGUGCGAUUGCUGGAUUUCUUACUGGCCUGCGUGUUUAUCUGGAUAACCCAGCAAAAGUGAAGCGCAUGCUUCUUCCUGCCAAAGUGUCCACCAAGGGUGGUGGAAAGAAAGAUUCCUCAAAGUGUGAUUCAAGCUCCACAAGUCUCAUAAAUUUGUUGAUGGGUGUUAGCGUCUUAAAGCAAGCUAUAAUUGAUUUGCUUUUAGAUAUAAUGGUUGAGUGCUGCCAACCUUCAGAUGAAAGAUCACCAUAUGGCUCCUCCUCCUCAAGCUCUAAAACUGCUCCUGAUUCAAAUGGGGCUAGCUCUCCAUCAGAGCUCAUUGUGGAAGGCGAACAAACAGAAUGUGCAUGCAGAAAUCAGUAUGAAACGGCUGAAUCUGAUACUGUUAAUUUUGGGCGUAAUCUUGGAUUAGAAAAUGCAGAGCUAAAUGCAAAUGAGAUGCCUGUCAAGAUUCUAGAACAGUCCAGUUAUCCUCCAGAGACACCUGCCAUCGAUCUGCCAGGGGAUGAAAGUUCUGAUCAAGCUUCUGGGACAAAAUGGCCAGACCAGUCAGAGGAACUGUUAGGACUGAUUGUUAAUUCAUUGAAGGCACUAGACUGUGCUGUUCCACAUGGAUGCCCUGAACCAAGAAAGCGGCCUAAGUCUGUCCAGAAAAUUGCACUUGUACUAGAGAAAGCUCCAAAGAAGCUUCAACCUGAUUUCAUCGCCCUUGUACCAAAGUUGGUUGAUGGGUCUGAACACUCACUUGCUUCUUGUGCCCUUUUAGAUCAUCUUGAAAAGGCAGAUGCUGAGCCAUCACUGAGGUUACCGGUUUUUGGUGCCUUAUCCGAGUUAGAAUUUGAUGCUGAUGUCUGGAAACGAGUAUCUUUUCAUGCACUUGAAUUGUUGUCUGAUUCAAAUGAUGAGCCUCUUGUAGCAGCCAUUUCAUAUGUUCUCAAGGCGGCAUCACAGUGCCAGCAUAUUCCUCAAGCUGUUAGAGCUGUUCGAUGGAGAUUAAAACGUUUGGGUGCUGAUGUUCCACCGUGUGUGCUUGAGUUUUUGUCUAAAACGGUGCAUAACUGGCCAGAUGUAGCUGAAGCAUUAUUGAAGGAUAUUGAUUCUGAGCCUGAACCUGAUAACAGUUGUCUCUCCACGCCUUCUAGUACUUGUAGUAAAGAUGGGCUUUCAGCUGAAGGGAUGCCUUCUUGGCAAGAGCAAGCUGUACAUGGAAGCAAUCAUCUAUCAGAUGUUUUUGUACUCAUAGAAAUGUUAUCAGUACCUGGAUUAUUUGUGGAAGUUGCACGGGUUUUUGAAAGGGCUUUAUUGCAAGGGGCCUUUGGGCUGCAGUUAGUAGCCAUGGUGUUGGAAAGACGGCAUUCUCACAAGUUAAGUUCAAAGUCUGGGGCUGUCGUGUAUGAUUUACAGAGCAAACAAGUUUUAUUAGAUGGGCAGUUUGAACCCUCGCCCAUCCAAGAAGGUGAUUUCACUUCAGUCCUUGCACUUGGUGAGGUAUUGUCUCUAUCUACCUCAGCGAGGGUCCAAGACUUCGUGCGGAUGCUUUAUGCCAUCAUGUUUAAGAUCUAUGCCGAGGAUCAUUAUAGAUGCAGAUUUCUGAAGGGCCUUGUUGACCGGGCAACAAAUACCUCAGAUAACUGCCGAGAAGUUGACAUAGAUAUGGAUGUCUUGGUAUUUCUUGUUAAGGAGGAGUUUGGAAUUGCUAGACCUGUUCUAAACAUGAUGCGUGAAGCUGCUGAAGUUGCUCAGGCCGAUCGUGCUAAUCUUUGGCACCAAAUAUGUGCUACUGAGGAUGAGAAUAUUCGUUUGAGGGAGGAGAUGGACAUGGAGCAAACUAAAUUUACCAAUGAAAAAGCUGCAUUAGCCCAACGACUAACUGAGUCUGAGGCAACUACAGGACAUCUAAGGUCUGAACUAAAAGCCGAGAAGGAUCGUUAUAUUCGGGAGAAGAAGGAACUCUCCAGGCAGAUGCGGGAGAUUGAGAAUCAGAUGGAAUGGGUGCGAUCAGAGAAAGACGAGCAAAUUGCAAAGCUAUCUGCUGAUAGGAAGAAUCUUCAUGAUCGUGUUAGUGAAGCAGAGACACAACUAUCACAGUUUAAAGCACGGAAACGCGAAGAAAUAAAGAAAGUAACUACUGAGAAGAAUACAUUGGCAGAGAGGCUGAAGAAUGCUGAAGCUUCAAGGAAACGAUUUGAUGAUGAAUUAAAACGACAUGCAGCUGAAACACAGGCUCGCGAAGAGAUUAGAAAAUCACUUGAGGCUGAAGUAAGGAGGCUGACACAUGAAGUUGGACAAACCGAGGGAGAAAAGAAAGAAAAAGAAGAUCAAAUUUCUCGCUGCGAAGCUUACAUUGAUGGAAUGGAGUCAAAAUUGCAAGUUUGCCAGCAAUAUAUUCGUACUCUGGAAACAUCACUUCAAGAAGAGAUGGCUCGGCAUGCCCCACUGUAUGGUGUCGGCGUGGAAGCUUUGUCACUGGAGGAGCUUGAGACCCUUGCAAACAUCCACGAGCAGAGUUUGAGACAGAUCCAUACAAUCAGGCAAAGGAAAGGCAGCAGCCAUCUCUUGAGUGUCCCUGGCUUGUUCCCCUCGUCUUCGAUGGCUGUUGGGCCGCCUUCCUCAUUGAUCCACACGUCCUCCAUAGCACCUAAUGGCGUGGGUACCCAUGGAAACGGGCACAUGAACAAUGCGGUGGACCGCUGGUUCAAUCAAACCUAGCCACGAGAUGCAACUGCAAGCGGAAGGCCCGAAGAUGUCCAUUUUGUGCAUUGGUCUGAUAGAUCCCAUUCACCAGCUGCCGAGCAAUCUGGCGUGGCAGCCUUUUUUGUUCUUGCCUUUCCGUUUGGCUUCUCGCUUUGUAUUCUGGAGUGGUAGUGCUGUCGGCUCGAGAUGUCAUGGGCGCCCGUCAAGGGGCUCCAUGUGGAAUAAGCUGUAAUAACAAAGAGAUCCGAUGGAACUAUCAGGUGCAAGUGGAAGCUAUGGAAAUGGUUGAUAUCACCCAUUGCUUGAUUAUUUUGAAAAGCACUGGGAUUCC